AUGUUUAUUGGAGCGCAGCUCACUAGGCGUCGCUUCCUUCUCAUGUAGACUACAAAAAAUGAAACCUUUUUGAUUACCUUGCGCAGUUUCUGUUUGACACUUGAGCUUUUCAGUUAAGUAUCUGACAGGUAUUUCUCGGGAUUCGUUAAUUGUCGUUAGUAAGAUGUCCCUUGACGAGAAAUUCAACACUGCCGCCACUUCCGUGAAGGAUAUGAAAAGCCGGCCUUCAGAUUCAGAGCUUCUGGAACUGUACUCCCUCUACAAACAAGCCACUUGCGGUGAUUGCAGUGCAGACAAACCAGGUGCGCUUGAUCUGAAGGGCAAAGCUAAAUGGGAAGCUUGGACCGGUAGAAAAGGCAUGGCUCAAGAUGCAGCCAAAGAGGCCUACGUAACACUGGCAAAUACCCUCAUCACCAAAUAUUGAGCUUAACUUUUCACGUAUCAUUUCCUGUCUUUUUCUAAAAAAAACAUAGAUAAAAGAAUUUCAAGUGUAUCCACAUAUCUUAUUUUAUAUGUCACUGUUGUAAAUUUUUAAGCUCUCAAGAUAUUUAUUGUAAUCCUCGUUUAAAUAGCUGCAAUUUUGUUCCAACCUAUUUCAUUUAUUAGCGUUUUUCCUAUUCAUGAUACGUAUUCCAUUUUUUUUUUAAUGUUCUUGACUCUGAUUGGUUCUUCAGAUGUCAGCUUUAAGUAUUAUACAUCCGUUCCUAUGUGAGAGGUUUGUAUACCAGUCGUUAUUUUGUACUGAAAGAUAAUAAAACUGGUUUAAAAAAAAGAA